AGAUAUUUGGUGAGGGGAAAUGAAGAGGACUUUUGCCGACAAUUCAAGCCAUAGUACACCAGGCUGCCUACCUGUCCCACUGUUCAGUCAGAAAAAAAGGAACAGGCAACCACUCACUUCAAACCCACUAAAAAAUGACCCAAGUAUCAGCAGUUCAGCUGAAAAUGUGGAUUUUUCUACCAUGCUGGCUGAUUUCGGAUGGGAAACUCCAAAGCCAGAACCACCCCAUUUACAGAAAACAGUGAGCACUGACACAGCACAGCUUCCUGUUCCACCUGCUCUUUUAAGACACCAAAACACACUAAAGCUUCCUGCAUCACAAGCAGGAACGAACUUCAACAACUGGAGACUAGAGGAGAAAAACACCCAUGCUAAUACUUGGAGAAGAAAUGAUUUCUCAACGUUGGUGAGUGGAACAGACAACAGGAAGCUUCCACAGCUUGACAACAGCUCAGAGCAUUUGAUGGGGACUGGACUGAAGCAGCAGAAAUUAGCUGGCUGUUCACAGGAUAGCAAGGCAGGCGUGGCAGAGCACAACUAUUCAGCCACAGCCCAAUGGCCUGCAGUACCAAACCCCAUGCAGAGAGGCCUGCGGGGUCAGAGUGCAUCAUACACAUUUAAACCAAGUCCCUUCCAACAAAACGUUCGUGAGAGAAAACCUGAUUGUGCUCAAGAUGUCAAAAUGGUUCAGAAAGGGCCGGCGUAUCAUAUCAAACUAAAGGAGAAAGACAGUUCUCUUAGAAUUAUCUCUGCUGUCAUUGAAAGCAUGAAACACUGGAGCCAAUAUACUAACAAAGCACCACUGUUAUUUGAGGUCUUGGGCAUCCUUGAUUCUGCCGUUACUCCUGGGCAGUAUGGUGCAAAGACUUUCCUUCUGAGAGAUGGGAAGGAGAGCGUGUCAUGCAUCUUCUACGAGAUUGAUCGGGCGCUGCCGAGAUUAAUCAGGGGUCGCGUCCACAGAUGCAUGGGAAACUAUGACACAAAACGGAAGGUCUUCAGGUGCGUCUCCGUAAGACCUGCAACGGUUCCUGAACAACAAACUUUCCAGGAUUUUGUCAAAAUUGCAGACACUGAGAUGAGCAAAUACAUGAAAACAAGCAAUGAAGUUUAAGCGUUCAUAUUGCAGUUUAAAACUUCUGAGAGACACAAGUGAGGCCCUCCCUGCGUCAGGAAGUGUAACAUGUUCACAACAUGAAAUA